AUGUGGGCAAUGAAGAAACUGAAGUUGGGUUGGACGGAAGCGGCAGAACAAACACUAAAUGGGUUGAAUGAGCUUGAUGAGUUUCGCUUAAAGGCCUAUGAAAGUUUAGCCAUCUAUAAGGAGAAGAUGAAGAAGUAUCACGACCAAAGGAUUGAAAAAAGAGAAUUUGCAGUUGGUGAUUUGGUGCUUCUAUUCAACUCUAGGCUACGAUUGUUUCCAGGUAAACUCAAAUCCAAGUGGACAGAACCAUUCCUCAUCACUAAAGUAUUCCCACAUGGAGCGGUUGAGUUAGAUAAUAAGGAAGACGCAAAGUUCACAGUCAAUAGGCAAAAAAUAAAGAUCUAUUUGGGGCAUGCGGAGAGUGCGCAUGAAGUAGUUAAGGGAGCAAAAGCAAAAAUCUGCACAAAGUGGACUGGUGCAGAGGUCUACGGACCCCAUCGAUGGACUGUCAUUCCAGGCCAAAAGUAA